CUAUCCUUUGUUCCUCUCUCACUUCAUUCACUAACACUUCCUCUCUACUCUCCCUACCUCUCUCUUCUCUUCCCCAUACCUCUCAUCAUCAUAAUUUUCUUCUCUCUUUUCCAAUACAAUACUCCAAACUAAACUACCUCUACUUUGUUGUUCCCUAACUUGGCAUAGUGAGAGAGAAAACAAAACAAAAUCAACAAAACAAAACACACUAAGAAUUGAAGAAAGAUAAAAAUGCCAACAGCAACGUUUGGUGGUGUACAAACUUCAAACGGAGAUUCACCCAUCAACCAUGCUCCUCCCAAACACUCCCCUCAUGAAUCGCGUGAUACUCCUCCUUUAUUGUCUGCUUCUCACCCCAUCACUCUUAAGUUCAUGGACGUGAAAUACAGAUUGAAGAUAGAAAACAAGCAAGGAAAAGGAGGGAGUAUCAAGAGAUUGUUUACCGCAAACGAAUCGUCACCGUCUGAUCAGAGAUCAACGGUGGGGACGGAGAGAACGAUUUUGAACGGUGUCACAGGGAUAGCGUGUCCAGGGGAGAUCCUAGCGAUACUGGGCCCAUCAGGUAGCGGGAAAUCGACGCUCCUCAACGCGCUUGCAGGGAGGCUCCAUGGAAGCGGUCUCACCGGAACAAUCCUCGCCAACUCGGCGAAGCUCGGAAAAUCGAUUCUCCGGCGAACUGGUUUCGUCACGCAGGACGAUGUGCUGUAUCCUCAUCUGACCGUCCGCGAGACGCUGGUGUUCUGCGCCAUGCUGCGGCUUCCGAGGACGGUGUCGCAUGAGGAGAAAUUGGCGGCGGCGGAGUCGGCGAUCUCGGAGCUGGGGCUGGAAAAGUGUGAAAACACCAUCAUCGGGAACAGCUUUGUCCGCGGGGUUUCCGGCGGGGAGAGGAAGCGCGUGAGUAUCGCGCAUGAGAUGCUGGUGGAUCCGGCGCUGCUGAUCCUCGACGAGCCUACUUCUGGCCUUGACUCCACGGCGGCGCACCGCCUUAUUUCGACGCUGGGGACGCUGGCGAAGAAGGGGAAGACGGUGGUUACGUCGGUGCAUCAGCCGUCGAGCCGUGUGUACCAGAUGUUUGAUAAGGUGCUGGUGUUGUCGGAGGGGCAGUGCUUGUAUUUUGGGAGAGGCGGCGACGCCAUGAGGUACUUGGAGUCGGUUGGGUUCGCGCCAUCUUUUCCGGUGAAUCCGGCGGAUUUUCUGCUCGAUCUCGCUAACGGUGUUUGCCAUGUGGAUGGAUCAAGUGAAAGAGAUAAGCCAAACAUAAAGCAAAGCCUAGUCCAUUCAUACAACACAGUACUGGCCCCCAAGGUAAAAGCUGCCUGCAUAGACACUGCAAGUGUUCCUACAAAAAACACUCACUCUUCAAGAGAACGUAGAUACAAUGACAGGGUUAGCUUCUUAGAUUGGUUUUACCAAUUAAGUGUUCUGCUACAGAGAAGCCUCAAGGAAAGAAAAUAUGAAUCCUUCAACACUCUGAGAGUCUUUCAAGUCAUUGCUGCUGCACUAUUAGCUGGUUUAAUGUGGUGGCACUCAGAUUACAGAAACAUUCAAGACAGGCUUGGAUUACUCUUCUUCAUUUCCAUUUUCUGGGGAGUCUUCCCAUCUUUCAAUUCUGUUUUCGCAUUCCCUCAAGAACGCGCCAUCUUCAUGAAGGAACGCGCUUCCGGUAUGUACACAUUGUCAUCCUAUUUCAUGGCUAGAGUUGUUGGAGACAUGCCCAUGGAGCUUAUUCUUCCCACAGUUUUCCUCAUUGUCACAUACUGGAUGGGUGGAUUGAAGCCUGAUUUGUGGGAUUUUCUCUUGACUCUAUUGGUUCUUCUUGGAUAUGUGCUUGUGUCACAGGGUCUUGGGCUUUUCUUAGGUGCAGCAAUUAUGGAUGCCAAACAGGCUUCCACAGUUGCAGCAGUGACAAUGCUAGCUUUUGUGUUAACUGGUGGAUACUAUGUCCAUAAGAUCCCAUCUUGCAUGGCUUGGAUCAAAUAUAUAUCCUCAACUUUUUACUGCUAUAGGCUUUUGACUAGAAUCCAAUAUGGGGAUGGAAAGAAAAUAUCAUACCUUAUGGGUUGCUAUCAUGGUGAGAGUGCUGGCUGCAAGUUUCUUGAAGAAGAUGUGGUUGGGCAAAUUGGCACUGUGGGAAGCAUUGGGAUUUUGUUUUUCAUGUUUGUGUUUUACAGAGUAUUGGCCUACCUUGCCUUGAGGCGCUUCAAGAGUUGAAAGUAAAGGCAGAAUGCUAAGAAAGGUGAAUCAAUUUGUUGGCUCCUAGUGCAGACUCAACCUUCACACUAGGUUAUACUGGCUAGUUGAUUCUUACUAACUGUAAUUGAAGAAUGAGAGAGUUUCUGGUGUAAAGUUAGAGAAUUAAAAAUGAUCAAAAUUGAAGUGAAAAAACAAACAAAACAAGAGUAAUUGUAGAUUUUGAUUUCAAUCAUCCAAGAUUGAUUCUGUACUUUGAAUAUUCAGGGAAGAAAUAAAGUAAUUUCUUCCAUACGAAUGUAUAAUCUUUAAGCUAUUUACAUUUUAGCUGUUCUUACUUUGUGAUUUCAA